AUUGAGAAGUGGAAACCGUUAUACAAUUGUUACGAGAGAUCGAUCGGUGGUAAUGGUGGUAGAUAAAGGGUGCCUGUUACAUAAUUCAAUAAAAGAGAGGAAAGGGGUGGAGAUGAUACUUAACAAAACCGAUCGUCCAAUGAUGGUCAGGAAGUGAGUCAAGGAUGUCAAGUCUUUCCCGCAACUAGGACACGGCAAAGAGAAAGGGUAGCGAUAUCCCUCACUUAACGUUUACACACACUGCCCAGUGGUCCGUUUGGUCUCCUGAGCGUACUUGCCUGUUUAUGGUCCCGUUACAUAAAUUGUGGUCCAGAUCCAAACACUGAGAUGAUCAGUAGGCGUAGAAUAGUGACAAGAUCUCGAGAUGAACUCAACGUCGAUUUUGGUAUAGAAGAUGAUGAGGACGUAUGGAUGCAAAAAGACAAAUUGUACAGGGAUCAUAUACAGGAAGUAUUAAACAAAUGGGACCAAAUCGAUGACGAAAUAUGGGCCAAAAUUAUUUGUAUGGAAAGAAAUAGAAGAAUUGCUAAAGCGUAUGCGAGGGCUCCUGUACUUACCGUAAAUGGUUCAGAUGAUGGUUUCGAUGGUUUCAGGAUCGGUCUGAACGGUUUUGCUAAUCCACUCAGAGACUCUAAAACUGAAGAAGUAAAGAAACAUAUAGGCCACGGUGUUAAAAUUAAAAUGGAUGAUGCUGGCAACAUUUUGGUUAAGAGAAUAAGCAAAACCAACGUAUUCGUUAAAGAAGUUUCCAGUUCUGAAGAUAACAGCAUCGCGUCAGAAAUCAUUAAAAUGAACGGCCAACUAGAAUUAGAAAAACCUGUUAAAUUAUUCGAUAUGAAAAAAUUUCAACAUAACGUAGGAAGAGAAUUAAGAAGAGCAUAUCCCGAUAGAAGAAAGCUAGAAAGUCAAUGUAUAAGUGCUAUAAGCUUCGUUAAAGAUGCGGCAGAAACACUAGAUUGUUGCUGCUGGAUAAUGAUUAUUAAUAUAGUAGCGCUGGAAAUGCUCAAAUCGAAAUUACCGCCCAUUGCGAAGAGACAAAGUGCACCUAAUUUAAUUAGUAUAUUCGAAAGACCGCGUAUGCCAGAUCCCGAAGAAGACCCAUACAGUUUGCCAACUUCGACUAAUUCCUCUUCGUCUAGAAUAUAUAAUGGGUUCAGAGAUUCUAAACCACCGAAAUUACCACCUAGAGAUUCCGAACGCAUUCCAGUUCCCAUGCCUGACUAUGAAGAUGACAAAAACGAAAAUUCGAAAUUUCCAUCCGUUCAGUCGUCCAGAAAAAAGGUUCGUGGUUAUGACGACCCUUACUACUGCGGGAUGAAGGCCCGGGUACCCAAUUUUGGCAAGAAGGAUAAAGAGCCAAUGAAAAGAUCAUCUAGUUACUUUAAUAUGUUGAGGAAUCAGGAUCGCUACCCUUAUGAUAAUGUUCAUGCAGAACACGAUUUUCCUGUAGAAGACGAAUAUGGUCGCAUUUAUGGACGAUUCAGAACAUCACCGCAACAGCAGAUGUACCAUAGAAGGGAAGUAUUCGUGGGUGAAUGGGAAUGACCUCUAAACGGAACUCUAAACGAAUUUUGAGACUUGGAACCCGGCUACGACAAUAAAAAUCAGCCUUCGAUUACCCCCAUUUUUUCACAUUUUCAUCUUCUGGUGAUGGAUCUAUUCUAUUUAUACUAUACCAAAGCCCCCAACUCAAACCCCUUAGAGCCCCCAUUGUAAGUUAAUAACCGAAGAGCUGAAGAUGUCGACGUUUAUUUUUAUUCACGAUGUACAUAUUUUUGUUGUAUACAUUUAUCUAAUACAAUGA